UUUCAAGUUGUUUUUUUAUUCUGACUAUGUUAAUAUGUGUCAAAAUAUUUUUUUUCCUUAGUUUAUUAAACCAUUAAAAUCUUCCAUUAUUCAUGUAACUAUUACUUAUCUAUUUCGGAAGACGAAUUAUCAUUUACGUAAACAGUUGUUUUGUACAAAAUAAAAAAAUGAGUUUCAUGGUAAAAAAGACGGGUGGCAGAAUGUGGCAUGAAGCUCGCAAACAAGAGAAAAAAAUUCGAGGGAUGUUAGUAGAUUAUCGCCGACGAGCUGAACGUCGUCGGGAUUACUAUGAGAAAAUUAAAUCAGAUCCUACUCAAUUUCUUCAGCUACACGGAAGACCAUGUAAAAUUCACUUGGAUGCUGCAGUUGCUACUGCUGCUGAUAGUCCAGCAAAUAUGAUGCCGUGGCAAGGAAACGAAGAUAAUCUUAUUGAUCGAUUUGAUGUAAGGGCACAUCUUGAUUGGAUACCAGAUGCAUCUCAGUCUUUAGAAGUCGACAUUGCUCUUACAAGUGAAGACAGACAUAUUAAUUAUGAACGAUAUCGUAUAAUAGUCCAAAAUGAAUUUUUGGGAGUAACUGAAGAAAAAUUUUUACAUCAAAUUCAUCUAGAAGAACAAUUUGGUUCUUCGACAAAACCAGAUUCCGUAAAAGAUAAAAAACGUUCUACUAAUAAUGCAGCAAUUGGUUACAAUUAUGAAACAGAUGAACCUAUUUUAGAACCUUCUAAAGUAUCUGAUUCAAUUACAAAUGAUGAUAAACAAGAAGAUGAAGAUAGCGACAUUGAUUUAGAUAUUUGCGUCGAUGUAUCACAAAUAGAACCUUCACAAGCUCAUGAAAUGAAUCAAGUUGCGCAAAAAUAUGGACUUUUAGGUGCUGAUUAUUUCAGUUUUCUAACACAAGACUUUGAAGAAGCGGAAACGCUUAGACAAGCCCGCAAACAGGAAGAAGAAAAGGCCAUGUAUUCCGGUAGAAGAUCGAGAAGAGAAAGACGAGCUUUCAGAGAGAAAAAAAUGAUUGGUCGUGUUAUGAGUCCGCCUAGUUAUGCUGCAAGAGAAAGCCCAGAGUAUAAUCCUUAUCGAAAGUCUUCUUCCAAAUCUCGAUCACGUUCCACAUCACCAGUGAACACGGGUCAAAUUACGUACAUUACUAGCUUUGGUGACGAAGAAGAAGCGCAUAGUAGUACUUCCCAUAAUACAUCUUUGAAUUCUAAGCGGAUUAAUUAUUCAUUUUUUAAAAAAAGAAGAUCAGAUAGUCCAGUAUUUACUGAAAGAAUUAUAAGUAAAAGGACUUCAAGAUCAAGAAGUAAUUCCCGAUCAAGACACUACAAUUAUUACAAAUUUUAUGACAGAAAGCGAAACACCUCUAGAACUAGGAUUAGACAAACAAACUCAAGGUCAGAUAAAUAUUCUCGCUCUAGAAGCUAUUCAAGAUGGUCUCGAUCACGCUCACGAUGCAGAAACAGGUUAAGCAAGAGUAGAUCACGUUCAAAAUCAAGAUCGAUAUCAAGUUCUACUUGCAAAACACGGUCGCGUUCUCGCCAAAGGAGAUCUAGAUCAUCUAAUUCUAUCAACUCGAAAAGAUCACACUCACAAUCAACAUUUAAAACUAGAUCUCGCUCAAGAUCAAAGUCAAAUUUAAGAUCUCAUAAUAGAAGUCGAUCUCGAGAUAGUUUUCGCAGAAGACGCUAUUCUGAGUCGAGAUCAAGGUCUCGAUCUAGAUCUAGGACUCGAUCAAGAUCAAGAUCAAGAAGCAAAUCACGAUCUAGGUCCAGAAGCCACUCAAGUAACCGGUCAAAAAGUAUUGAUAACAAAAUUCCUGCCUUACCAAGGUACUAUGGUCGUCGUGGCAAAUCCUCUAGCCUAGAAUUAGAGCUUUCUGGUAAUGAAGAGAAAUUAUCCUUAGUGGCUAAAAAUUCUUCUAUUAACACAAGCAUGAUCAAACCAAAGGCCGGGUUAAGUACAAAUUCUGGUGGCGGACACAAAGUGGUGAAAAUUACUCCUCAAGAACGACUUAAGAAGAAGAUGCAAGUUUUAUUGAAUAGACAGUAUAAAGCUGACAAGAAGGCAGAACAAUUAAGAAUUGAAAAGAUGGAACAACAGAGGCAGGAUCGUGAAGAUGAGAUUCGUGAAAUGUCUCUAAAACUUCGUCGAAAACAACGAGAAAGACGUCAUCGCUACGAGGGGGGACAUACAUCCGAUUCCAAUUCAUCUGACUCAACAACUCCUAGUCCAGGACGUAGUCCUCGAAAUAAGGGUACAAGUCGGGAUAGAAGAAAUCGUGAUCAUAAAGACAGUGAAUUUGAAGUAGAUAAGGAUAAACAGAGAGAUCGUGAAGAUAGGGAUAAGAAUAGGCAAAACUAUCGUAGACGACAUCGAAAUUUAGUCGAUUACUGACAGCUGUGGACUGUACGAAAUCUUCCAAAAGUGAAUUAAACUAUAAAAGACUUUGUUAAAAGUUUACUUGGAAUCAUCGUUGAAUUUUAUGUAUUAUACGUCAAUUAUUACUUAAUAUGUUAAUGAAAUAAAAAAUUUCCGACAUGUUCUGUGUUAUCAAAUUUUAAUUUUACAAAAAAUACAAUAUUAAUAAUU